UUGUUUUUUUAUAGAAAAAGUUCAUUUACCAUCUUAUUUAUUGUCAAAAUAAAAAUAAAUAAAUCAGCUUAGCCAGUGUAUAAAAGAUAAUUAUUACUCUAUGUCACCAUGCUGCUGGCUCUGCUUCUGGUUCUGAGCCUUUUCUCUGGGACUCUCUGCUCUGAGUCAUCUUCAAUAAUUAUCCAUUACCGGGUUUGGGAGGAGCAGCCGUCGGGAACUCGGGUCGGCCGUCUGUUGGACGACCUCCGUCAGAGGGAUGAAGUCGGCCCUCUGGAGGAUUUCCAGGUGGUGGAGCAGGUAAAGGCCCUUCCUUUCUCUGUCAUGGCUCGAGAUGGGGUCAUCUCCACCCAAGGUCAACUGGACAGGGAGGCGCUGUGCCGGGGAUCAGACCUUUGUGAGGUGGCCUUCAGCGUCCUCUACAGAAAAAGCGGCUCUGUGAACUGCCUCCGGAUCCGUGUUGAAGUGAUGGACCUAAACGACCAUAGUCCCAACUUCCCCAACACCACACAGGAGGUGGAGAUCUCAGAGACUGCCCCCCUUCGCAUGCGAAUCCCUUUAGAUCGAGCUGUUGAUCUCGAUGCAGGGCCCAACGGCCUCCAGACCUAUUCCCUAUCAGUUAAUCAGCACUUUGCUUUGGAUGUGACAGAUGCUUCGGGUGGGUCAAAACAAGCAGAGCUGGUGGUUAUCAAAGAGUUAGACAGGGAGGUUCAGGACUCUUUUGACCUGAUCCUGGUAGCAUACGAUAAAGGGAACCCACCAAAGUCCGGGAGCAUGUCUGUCCAUGUGUUGAUUCAGGACUCAAAUGAUAACAGCCCGGCUUUUGUGGAGAGCAGUCCAACUGUGACUCUAAGUGAGAAUACACCCAUUGGGACAACGAUCUUCAAGCUUACAGCAACUGACCCAGACCUCGGUGCCAAUGGUGAGGUGAAGUACUGGUUCAGUAAACACACCCCCCCAGAGUUUCAAAAACUUUUCCAUGUGGAUUCACAGACUGGAGAGGUGAUUGUAAAGGCUCCUCUAGACUAUGAGAGGGAGCCAUCCUAUGUGCUCAACAUACUGGCCAUUGAUCAUGGUCCCAAUAGCAUGCCAACUCACUGCAAGCUACAUAUCAAGCUUGUAGAUGUAAAUGAUCACGCACCAAGGAUUAGCACAAAAUGGCUUUCACCCUCCUCGGCUGUCCCCACUGUCAGGGAAGGAGCUCCGAUUGAUACGUUUCUUGUACUGGUGACAGUUUAUGAUGCAGAUUCAGGAAAAAAUGGAGAAGUGAGCCUGACUAUUCAAGAGGGAUCAGGGCCUUUCCGUCUUAAAUCCAGUGAUCAUUUUAAUUUCUUGAUUGUAACAAAUAGCUCCUUGGAUCGAGAGAAGGUUAAUAAUUAUAACAUCAAACUCAUUGCUCAGGACCAUGGAAAUCCAUCUUUAGUUACUAUUGAAAACUUGUCAGUUUCUGUUCUAGAUGAGAAUGACAAUGCACCAGUAUUUCUCAAAUCUAUUUAUAAGACUUCAAUUAAGGAAAACAAUUUUAAAGAGGAUGCACUUCUUGAAGUCAAAGCAAGUGAUGAUGACCAGGGACUCAAUGGAAAAGUUUCUUACAAAAUAAAGAAACUUGCUGACCAAAAAAUUUUCUCCAUACACCCAACAACUGGAAUCAUAAGGGUACUCCGAAGCUUAGACCACGAGGAAUCUCAGAGCUACUCUUUCAUUGUGGAAGCUGUGGACUAUGGGCACCCGCCACUGACUGGUUCAACCACAGUCCAGAUUAAUGUUGAGGAUUUAAACGACAACUCUCCAGUCAUCAAGGAACCAAAACCGAGAAACAGGGUGGUUUCUGUGAGCAUCCCCGUGAAUGCACACAGAGGGGAGAUUGUGACCGAGCUCGGAAACGACACAGAAGAAAAACCCACUUCUCUGCCGAUCAGUCGCUCAGUUUUGGAUGGAUUCAACCGCUUCCCUGCAUCAACAAUAAAAGCCGAGGAUCCAGACUCGGGACUCAAUGGACAGCUAAAGUACAUCAUUUCAAAUGGAAACACAAAUGGCUUGUUCUGGAUGGAUGAAGAUACAGGGCAGCUAUUUGUAAAUGCCACCAAUGCCACUGAGCUGAUUGGGAGAACUUUUAAGAUGGAGCUGUCUGUGGCAGACAUGGGCUCUCCCAGCUACAAGACUGAGGCGACUCUGGAGGUAACUUUCAUCAAUCUCCAGGACCACUUGAAGAACUCCUCACCUGGAAACCGAGGGCAACUUAGCUUUACUAUGAUGAUGGCCGUCUGCCUGGGUGCCACAUGCCUGCUCCUUCUGUUGGCCAUCGCGUUGGUGACAACAUUUUGCCGACCCGAGAAACGGGACAACCGUGCUUACAAUUGCAGACAGGCUGAAUCCAGCUACACCCGACAUCCUCGAAGGCCACAAAAGAACAUCAGAAAAUCUGACAUCCAGCUAAUUCCAGUGAUCCGAGGGCGCAAAGAAGAGCCGUCUGAGGAAGACAGUGAGGUCCAGCCUCUGACUCUUGCUCCACUACCAGAAGAUCAACAAACUGAGAGAGAGUAUAACUUCGUACCAUCGGUUAUGAACACCAGCUUCCAUUCCCAAAACUACCCGGAAGUGGAUUCCCCUCAGCAUGUUGGCCAUCACUGCAAAACCCUUCGGAAACCUGGCAAUAUUGAACUUGAUGGGACUUUGACCCUGACACCAGCUACAUCAUACCAGACCCUCUGUAAAACCAGAAACCCUUCCUCGUCCUCUUCUUCGCUGUCACACUUUAGCACCUUGAAGCGUAAUAAGCUGCACCCAGAAAGCGAAGAGUCACGUCCUCAGCGUUCGACGUCCCAGGCAACUCUAAGGAGGCCGAAGACAUCAGAUGGUCAGCAAGAUGCAGAACACCAGCAAAUGCUUCGAAACCUGGUCCGUCUCUCCAUGGCUGCAUUCGGAGACACCAUCGAGCUUUCCUCAGCUUCCCCAGAGGUGCAGCAGAUCUCUCAGCUCCUCUCCCUGCUCCGUCAGGGACAGCUGCAACCAAGGACAAACUUCCGCGGAAACAAGUAUUCCCAUCGGAACGGCAGAUAUGGAGGUCACGAGUGCUCAGAUUGGCAGAGCACCAAAGACAGUGGACAUGGAGAGAGUGAGGCUGGUGAUGUGGACUGGGAAGCAGGAAGAGACUCACCCAUAGAUCCACAGCUGGAAGAAGGCCUCAGUAACCUGCUCAACAGCUCAGAUGAUGUUUUCUCGGAGAUCAGUGACCCCGCCUGGAUGGCCAGGCUCUCCCUGCCGCUCACAGCCGAUUACCACGACAACGUCUUUGUGCCCAAUGGUCCUCCGUCUCCUGAAAGCGAGCUUCCGCCGCGGGACGGCCUGAACUCCACCUCGUCUUUCUCCACCUUUGGUAAAACUCCAGAGAAAGACGGCCAGCUGGGCGGAGCUUUGCUGUCAGAGGUCAGCACGCUGUUUGAGAUGCUGAUGACUCAGAAGGCCGACGCCCACCCAGGCCCUCGGCCUGACGUCCUGUACAGGCUGUCAGCAGCGUACCGACGCUCUCUGGGUUUGGACGCGACAACAUCUGCUGGAGGCAGCGCCCCAAAGAACUGCUCUGAAAAGAGGCCGACUGCGGCCUCAAAACAUCAGUACCAGUGACUGUUACAUGCAUUCAAACAUCGCAGAAGACCAAAGGGAGCGGGGACCAGAAUGAGAGAAGGGUUGGGGUUUAAAAAAAAUCUAAAGAAUAAACCCAGGAUCUGAAAAUUAAUUAACUUUAAAAGCUCAUUUUCAGCAGUUCUGUGCAAAUACCAGGGAAGACCCAAGAUUGUCUUCAGAGUGAUCAAUUUUCCAGCUUUUGACCCAUUGCUUAACAGAUAUAAAAAUCCAACUUUCUUCACUAUUAUCACUAAUGUGGAACUGAAAUAAAUCCUAACAUGUGUACUUUUUUUUUUACUUAAAAACCUUUUCAAUCUUUAGACUCAUGGAGAAUGAGGUACGAGGUGUUCAGUUGGUUGCAGACUGUAGUAUAUGUUGCUAGAUGUCACUGUAUCACACACUGGAGCUCACUAAUGCAGAACAAAAAUAACUGAAGACGAGAGCAGCAACAGUGUGCAGUUAUUUUAAAUUUUUUAACCACUCUCUAAUGGGUUUACUUUUAAAUACGAAGGACACAAAUUGACAGAAUAAUUAUAUACAUUUGUUUAGCAUCGUUUUUAAGAAUGUAAUAGCACAACCAAAAAACUGGGGGGAACAAAAAUCAAGAUAAUUUUUACAAUUCAUUGAUUCCUGAGAGGUAUUUUAAAUACUAGAACAAAUGGUUGGAAAAUAAUAUGAAAUUCAUUGACAACAAGUCAGUUAUGCCCAACAAAUAAUAGUUAAUCCACAAAAGUGUCUGAUUCUAGAAAUCAGAACAAUAUUAGCUAUUUUUAUUUUAAUCUUUAAAUAUUUGAUGCCAGAUUGAACAUUGCGUGGCUGUUUUGUCUUGUAUAGUUUUUAUCUUUCAAAACAUUUUAAUGGAAUAAGGAGGCAGUUUGUCAAUUACAAAGCAGAUGAGAAAAGAAAGAUCUUUUUUAAUCUAAAGAGGAUAUAAAAUGAAAGAUCUAAAUUUUUCCAUUUAAUCAUAGAUACAUUUUAUAAUUACAAACUGUGAAAUUUACUCGUUGUGACUGUUAAUUUUCCAGCAAACACUUUUUUCAUCAUGCUGGCUGUUUGAACAGAAGUAAAUCUGCUUAGAUAUGCAUCCAAAGGGUUGAAGUUAUUUUUAAAAGGAGUGAAAUCCUGCAAAAUGUUGCUUACGAAGCAGGAAAGGAGGCAGGUGAUCUCCCUCUGUCAAAACCUGAUAAAGUCCAAAAGGGAGCAGAGGGAAAUGUUUUCAUUUUCGUUUUCUUCUGAACUAAAAUCGAGCUGAAAUCCAAAAAGAACAGGACAAAGAUUGUGAUUGUUUAAAUUCCCUAAAAGUGUCUUACAUGUAGUUGUUUCUGUUUAUCCAACAGCACUUUGUACAUAUUUUUUUUGUUAAACUUUUCUUUAGUAUGAAAAUGUAUU